AUGAAUUCGCCAAAGGUUGAGGGCUUCAACUACAAAGGCUACGAAGAGAUUGCAGAGAAAUUCGGUCUUUCUGCUGCCGUGAGCAUUCCUUUAGCCGAUAGACGGUUGAUUGCAACUUCUGGACAUGUGGGAAUGCAUGAAGAUGGUCAUAUUGCGAAGUCCUUGCGAGAACAGAUGAGGCUUGCCUUCAAGAAUGUUGAGAAAUCCAUCCACGCUGUUGAUCCGAGUUUAACAUCUACGGAUGUUUGGAAUUCUGUGUAUCAGAUCACUACGUACCAUGUCGGCGGCGUAGGCGAGGAAAUCACGGGUACUAUGAACGAGAUUGCCAAAAGCUUUCUGGGUUCCCAUCGGCCUGCUUGGGCUGCAAUUGGGGUACAAUCACUAGCAGCAGGAGACUUCGAGAUGUUGGUUUGGGCGGUGAUAUGA